AUGUUGCCGGCAACUGCUUCGAGCAGCAGCACGAACGAAACAGAUCGACUUGCGUUGCUCGAAUUCAGAACAGGAAUCAUCAGCGACCCGAACGGAGUCUUCCAGUCAUGGAACGAUUCGGUCCAUUUCUGCAACUGGUUCGGCGUUUCCUGCAGCGCCCAACAACGAGUCAUAUCUCUAGCCAUCCCGCAGCAGAGCCUGGCGGGCACUCUGUCUCCAUACAUUGGCAACCUCAGCUUCCUCCAGGCUAUCAGCCUGGAUAGAAAUGCUUUCCAUGGCGAGAUCCCCAAGGAAAUCAGCGACCUACUCCACCUUCGGGAAUUGAAUCUCAGCAGGAACUUUUUCGAGGGGGAAAUUCUAGACAACCUGACGCGGUGCUCCGAGCUCAGGAUCAUUAAUUUGCAGUUCAAUCACUUGCAGGGGAGGAUCCCUCGGGAGAUCGGGUCGCUGUCGAAGCUCGUGUCCGUGAGGAUUCACGAGAACAAUCUGACAGGGGAAAUCCCGCCUUCGGUGGGGAACCUGUCGAACCUGAUCGACUUCGGAGCUUCAUUUCUCAACUUGGUCGGAACGAUUCCGGCGAGUUUGGGCAACCUGCGCAGCUUGUACUCCAUCUCUCUCGCCGGAAACCAACUUUCCGGUCCGAUUCCAAGAGCCUUCUUGAACAACACGUCAGUUGCAGUCAUCGCCAUUCCUUGGAACCAAUUCACAGGUAGUUUGCCGGAGGAUAUAGGCUUCACUCUGCCGAAUCUCCAGAAGUUCGCCAUUUCCAAGAACGAAUUCGUGGGGGCCGUCCCUGAAUCGUUCUGCAAUGCCACGGGGCUGCAGAUGCUGGACAUGAACAAGAACGGUUUCAAGGGUCGGAUUCCCAAUUGUCUCGGGACUUUGCCCGAAUUCAAAUGGCUAUCGAUGGCGAUUAAUGACCUUGGCAGUUACUCUGUGGCUGACUUUGAGUUCCUGACAGGGCUGCAAAAUUGUACACAACUACAAUGGCUCGACAUAAGUAGUAACAAUUUCGGAGGUGCUUUACCGGGCUCCAUGGCUAACCUCUCGGUCCAGCUCGCGAUACUUAGCGUUGCGAAUAAUCAGUUGACAGGAGAAAUCCCUUCAAGUUGGGAGAAAUUCAUCCACCUGAACGAGCUGAGACUGAGUAACAACCUCUUCCACGGCAUCAUUCCCUCUUACUUCAGCAAGUUUCCAAAUUUGGAAAGCUUGCACCUGCAAGGAAAUCAGCUAUCAGGACGAAUUCCGACCACAAUCAGCAACCUGACUCAGUUGUCGGAGCUCGACAUCUCAGACAACAGACUAGAAGGCCUGAUUCCCUCGGGCAUCGGAUCGUGUGUGCAUUUGAACUACUUGGAUGUUUCGGAGAAUGCUCUCGCCGGUGCUAUCCCGGGGGAUGUUUUCGCUCUUCCUUCGCUGACCAAACUACUGAACCUGUCGUGCAACAUGUUCACCGGCAGCCUGCCUCGAGAAGUUGGCAAGUUGGAUUCUUUAAACGCUUUGGAUCUUUCUCAUAAUUUUCUGACAGGGGAAAUUCCAAACACCAUUGGGGAUUGCAAGAGCUUGGAGUAUCUCUACUUGCAAGGGAAUUCCUUCAACAGUUCCAUCCCUCCAUCUUUAGCUUCAUUGAAAGGCCUUGAAGUGCUGGAUCUUUCACUCAACAGCUUACGUGGCGAGAUUCCAAUGGAUCUUCAGAACAUUAGCCUUCUCCAGUAUCUGAAUCUUUCCUUCAAUCACCUUCAGGGUCAGGUGCCAAAGGAAGGCAUCUUUUCAAAUGCAAGCAGCGUAUCAUUGGUAGGUAAUAGCAUGCUCUGCGGCGGCGUGUUGGAUCUCCAUUUCCCAAAAUGCCCAACUUACAAAGCUGUAGCGCGCCAUGGCAACAAGUCUCAGAGAAUGAGAACUUGGCUCACAGCUAUUUCUGUUUCAGUGGGCCUCGUUUCAUUGUUAGCCUUUCUAUUGAUCUUCAGGUCGAGAAGGUCGAAGAAGAAACCGUCUCUCGAUUAUCCAAUUUUACCGAGCUUCAUGAGGGUUUCGUACAGAGACCUCUACAAGGCCACUGAUGGGUUCUCUUCAGGCUGUUUGAUUGGUUCCGGCAGCUUUGGCAAUGUCUAUAAAGCCAAUCUGGAGGAAACUGACACACCAGUAGUAGCUGUCAAAGUGCUGAACUUGGAACAAAGGAAAGCUUACAAGAGCUUGGCGGCAGAAUGCAAUGCAUUGAGAAGCAUUAGGCAUCGAAAUCUCGUCAGGGUUUUGUCUUUUUGCUCCAGUUUGGACAACAAUGGCGACGAAUUCAGAGCUCUGGUCUUCGAGUACAUGCCGAAUGGGAACCUGGAGAAAUGGUUGCACCCCGUGGAUGGUUCUUCGCGGAGUUUGAGCCUCACUCAAAGGCUCGACAUCGCAAUCGAUGUGGCAUCCGCGCUACACUAUCUUCACGACCUCUGCGAAACCCCAAUCGUCCAUUGCGAUUUGAAACCGAGCAACGUGCUCCUAAACGAUGACAUGGUUGCCCAUUUGAGCGAUUUCGGCAUUGCAAGGAUACUUUCGACUGAGGAGGACAUUGCAUUGUCCAGCACCAUCGGCAUCAAAGGGACAAUUGGGUAUACCCCUCCAGAGUAUGGAAUGGGUAGCAUAGCGUCGAAAGAAGGCGAUGUCUACAGCUUCGGCAUCCUACUAUUGGAAUUGUUCUCUGGAAAAAGACCUACUGACCACAUGUUCGUAGAAGGACGGAAUCUCCCGGACUUUGUGAGGAUCGGUCUGCGAGAUAGGAUAUCCGUCGUAUUGGAUCCGAUGCUUUUACCCGGCGUUGGAGACGGAAUUGAACCGACGAUGGAGGGAGAAGGCAACAACAAUGAGAUCACUGAAGAAGAAGUCGCAUUGCGGCAAAGAGACAGUAAUUUCACAGAGAGGGUAAUGAGGUCAAGCCAAUACCAGAAUUGCAUGAUUUCAGUGGUGGAAAUCGGAAUAGCUUGCUCUCUGGAGUCGCCGGCGGAGCGGAUGAAGACGAUGGACGUUUCAAUCAAGUUACAGUCCAUUAGGGAAUCUUUCUUGGCGAGCACCGUCCGUCGAACCAGAGCACGACCAGCUCUGGAUCCGGUGUAA